AUGAACCGCACUGCAGCUCUGCGUGAACUGUUUGACAAGAGUAGUCCGUAUAUUAGUGGAUGUGAAAAUUUUGUGGUGAUUGGAGCCCUUCGAGCACAUCCUUUUAAUCGAGCUCUUAUUCUUGUUGUGACUGCAGCGGAUGGGGCUCUACGGACCACACGUUUACGAAUUCGAGCAACUGUGCGUGCGAUGGAAGAAUGUACGCCUGCAAUUGCAGAGUUAGAGAGUGCACUUCUUUUGCAAGAGGCGGAGUUGCUUUCAGUUUCCAAUACAAUAAAAGAUCUACUGACUUCCAUUCGGGAGGCAGAAGAACAAUUGGAGAAAAAGAAGAGUGGAUGGGAUACUGUAUUGUUUCCAACAAAGGAGGAGACAAAAUUGUUAUCAUCUGUUAAGCCAUCAAUGCAAUUCUUGCAGCACUUGCAAGCAGCAUUGGAAAUUAUUGAAGGAGCAGUAGGUCGUAGUCGGUUACGAUUGGCGUUGUGUAAAGAGGAGUUAGUUCUAUAUAAACAAGAAAUGUUUGCGUUUGCACGGGCUGGUGUGCUCUCUUGUUUAGAUCCUGCAAGAAAUUCCAAAAGUAAUAAGGAAAAUUCCGUUACAGAAAAAGGCGAUACUAGUGGGAAUGGUAAUAGUAGUAAUAAUGAUAAUAAUAAUAAUAAUACAAUGGGAUUAUUAUACCCAAAACCCAUGAAAGGAAAUACGAGUUCAGCAGUUGCGGUAGUUUCUGUAGUUGAUCGAGUUAUAAAAGGAGCGGCAAAAACCGUAUCAUCUGCCCCACUCCCUGCAAGUACACGUGUAUUCUCUUUAAUGCGUAGUGGUGUUGGCGGUGUUGGUGUUGGCGGUGUUGGUGUUGGUGGUAUUAACUCUCUCUUUCAAAGAUCUUCUUUAGUUGAAACAACUUCUCCCAAAUUUGUUUACACAGCAGAAGAGGAAGAGCGGCUUACACAGGCUAAUGCUCUACUAGAGGAGCAGCAGAAGGAGGCUUCUGCAGAGGAUGCGAAGGCAGUAGAGGCGUCUGUGCGUGAGUUAUCACAAUUAACCUCACUCAUGAAUGAACAGGUGAUGCAACAGAAUGAACAGUUUUCUAUUCUAUUGAAAAAUACAGAGGCUGCGCAGAAUAAUAUGAGAAAAGGUGUUGGAGAAGUAGGUAAGACACUUAAACAAUUUUGGAACUCCACAAGACAGUUAAUAGCAUGUAUAUGGGUGAGUAUCUUUAUUCUGCUUAUAGCUAAUUGGAUCAUACGUUGA